UAUUUUCCUUCCCAUGUGUAGGAUAAUGGAAAUGCACAUGUUUUUCGUACUUUGGAUUUUUGUGAUGCCUUAUUUCACAGACACAACAACAGCUAAAGCUACAAAUCUCGCUUUAUAUGGCAAGGCCACACAGUCGGACCUGGUUGGGAAUCCUUCGGCAGCAUUUGGCCAUGCCAGUAAUGCUAUUGAUGGCAAUCGUGACUCACAUUAUGAACAUGGAUCCUGUACUGCUACUAUUAUCCAAGAUGACCCAUGGUGGAGGUUAGAUUUACUAGACAAGUACGUAGUGACCGCCAUAACUAUCACGAACAGAAAAGACUGCUGUCCUGAAAGGCUUGAUGGAGCCGAGAUACGAAUCGGAAACUCUCUGCUGAACAACGGCAACAGCAAUCCAUUGGCUGGAAAGAUUUCAUCCAUUCCAGGUGGGAGAUCCCUCACUUUCAAAUGGGAAAAAGGCAUUCCAGGCCGUUACAUCAAUGUGGAAAUACCUGCUCCUAGUCGGGUUCUUACUCUCUGUGAGGUUGAGGUUUACGGUUAUCCAGCUCCUGAUGGUGAAAAUGUGGCUUUAGGAGGAGUAGCUACACAGAGUUCCGUCCACUCAUAUAACUUUGCAUCCAAUGCCAUUGAUGGGAACAGAAAUGGUGUUUACAGUCGUGGAUCUUGUUCCUGCACUUCAGCAGAGGUCAAUCCCUGGUGGAGACUGAACUUACUGAAAAGACACAAAGUGUUUUCAGUGGUUAUUACAAACACAUUAGACAGUGUUCCUACAAGACUAAAUGGGGCAGAAAUCAGAAUUGGAAACAGUCUGGACAACAAUGGCAAUGAUAAUCCCAGGUGUGCUACGAUCUCUUCCAUUCCUCCUGGGUUUUCCACCUCUUUUGACUGUGAUGGGAUGGAAGGACGUUACAUUAAUGUUGUUAUUCCAGGACGGACAGAAUAUCUUACACUGUGUGAGGUUGAAGUGUACGGAUCACCACUGGAUUGAGAAGCACUUAAACAAUAGGACGUAUAAAAACAAAAUAUUAGUGGCUGUAGAGUUUUACUUUAAUCAGACAUUUCUAUCAGAGUUUUCAAAACAGUGCAUGUAUUAUUUUAUGUAUCUGUACUUUAAUGCACUGCAUGCUGCAGAAAGUAUUAGACAGAUUUGUGUGACUAUUGAUCAAAGGACACUGGGAAAUGGACAACAUGGAC